AUGGCUGCAAGUGAACCAGGUGUAUUAUUUUCUAGAGAAGAUAAUAAUUGGAGAAAAAAUUUAAUUAUACAAUUGCAAGAAAGGAAUAGAAAACAAACAUAUUGUUUUGCAGAUCUCAUUAGUUUGCAUAACAGAUUAUUUGAAAAUGCAAACACAUUACGUGGAGAAAAUAUUCAACUCACCAUAGCAAAUGAAACUCUUCGUCGAGAGGCAGCAAGUGGAGUUCCUGGAAUAAAUGUAAAUGCUGAUCUUGAAGCUCGUCUGCUAAAGCAAGCAGAAGAAUUAGCAACACUACAUAAAAGGAAAGGGGAACAUACACAACAAAUAGUGGAUCUUAAUAAUAAGUUACAAGAAAUGAUAAAGGAACUUAAAGCUAAAGAAAUAAGUCUUGCUGAAAGUAUGGAGCUCAAUGUUAAUUUACGGUCAGACAUAUCCAGAUAUCUUAGCAGAGAAAGAGAGUUGGAAAGUGUUAAUCAAAUGUUGAGAGAUGAGCACCAAGCCCUCCAACUUGCUUUUUCAUCUUUAGAAGAGAAACUCAGAAAAGCUCAGGAGGAAAAUCGUCAAUUAGUAGAACGCUUAAUUAAGUAUAAAACCCGCGAUGCAGAGAAAGUGAAUGAAGAAAAUGACAACUUUUUGAAAAAGAGGCAAGCUAAGAUGCAAAAGGAACUGGAGGACGCGGCUCGUGAUACACGACCUGUUAGCCCAGACAGAUCGAGUCUGGAAGACGGAAUUGCUUGUCUUCCUACUGCUGUACCGACAAAAGUGUCCGUCACGUUUAAUGCACACGACGGAGAAGUUUAUGCAGUAAAGUGGUCUCCCGUUGAGAGGAUCCUUGCCACCGGUGGAGCCGACAGGAAAGUGAAGCUUUGGAACAUCACAAAAGGUGGUUCAGAGAACAAAGGCAUUCUCGUGGGCAGUAACGCCGGAGUGAUGUGCGUCGAUUUUGAUUCAACGGGGACUCUCAUCCUUGGAGCAUCCAACGAUUAUGCCAGCAGGGUGUGGACUGUUAGCGAUCUUCGGCUAAAGCACGGCCUCUGACGCAUCGCAACCCCCG